AUGUCAACAAAAAAACUCCAAAGUUUUAUUGAUAUCAUCACUGGAUUCCUUGGAAAAUCGUCGUCAACAACCUUUAGUCUUCCGAUUAUUGACCUCGGCGUAUACUUGAACGAUAAGGAUUCUGAACUGGCGAUUAAUGAAUGUCGCAAAACAGCAGAUGCAUUAAGUAAAUAUGGUGCCUUAUUGGUUAAAGAUCCUCGCGCAAAGGAAGAUAACAAUUCCGAGUUUUUAGAUUUACUUGAAGAUUAUUAUGCUCAACCUUUUGAAAUAAAACUUAAAGACGCACGUCCAGAACUUGAAUAUCAAGUUGGUGUAACACCUGAAUUAAAAGAAGAACCAAAAUGUAAAAGUGAUAUUAAUUGUCACAAGAUGAUUGAAAAGAUGCCAAAAAAAAGUCGACCUUCGAUUCCGAAAGGACCUGAUCCAAAAUGGAGAUUUUUUUGGAACAUUGGAGAAUUUCCCGAGAAAACCGAGUUUCCGCAACUUAAUGCUGAAUAUGCUGUUGUUGUACCCGAGGCUUUUAAGGAUAAAUGGUCAAGAAUCUUGGAUCAACGAGGUGACCAAUUAUAUCAAGCGGUUAUAAAGGUUGUAGAAAUGACAUCUGUUGGAUUUGGAAUGCCUGCGAAUCAUUUGCCAGAUCUUACAAAAAAAGGUCCACAUCUUCUAUCACCUACUGGAAGUGAUUUGAAUAAAUACGGAAAACUUGGAACCAUAUUAGCUGAAAAAAUAGAAGUUCACGUUCCAGAUGGACAUUUUUUAGUUCAAGCCGGCAAACAAUUUGAAUGGUUGACUGGUGGCAAUGUUAAGGCUGGUUAUCAUGAUGUAGUCGUGUCAGAAGCCACAAUCAAGAAUUUCACUUGA